CUUGUUGUUUCAUUACUUUAAUUUCCAGAGGUAGACAGUUUGCUCUGUGGUAGGGCAGGACUCUGUCUCCAUGUGCUUGAUAUGCUACUGUAGGUGCCUGUGCUGGUACGGUAUAUCCUAUGAAAACAUGACAGAGUUCAGCAAUGGAAAACAUGCAUGCAUGCCAGGUAUGACUCAAAGACAUCAGAGUGGAUGGAGAAAAGUAACUUUAUACUAAGGGUAAAAGGAUAGAAGGGGAAGUACUUCCAUCUGUAGUGAGUAUGUGGAAACCUCACCAAAAUCCAGCACUGAACACAUGUGGCCUUUUGGAAAGUGUCUCUGCGCAAAUGUGUCCCCAGCAUCCAGAGUGAUAAAAAUCAUGUACUGAGCUGAGUCGAAUGGUGUAGCUGAAGUGGAGCUGUAAAUACAGUAGUAGGCGGUUUCCUGCCAAAACUCCCCUGCAUGUCCAAGAACCCACUGUGACUCAGCCAUUGCAGUCACUGGGAACUCAGCACAGACACCCAUUCUAGUUGGGUAUUUUUACUUCUCUUUUUGCACCAUAUCGAGAGGGGCUCUAUUCAUCCAUGGAGGAAAAAGACUGACAAUAUGGCCCAGUAUUUUUGUUGUCUUAAGUAAUGAUCUUAUUGUAGAUCCAAGAUGGAAGAAGCCAUGCCCUUGGCAAAAUAAUAGCAAGAGCAAUGCUGAGUAGUUUCUAGGUCAGCAGCUUCUAGGGUCUCACGUGUGCAAGAAUAUUUGACAAUGCCAGGUAUCAUCCCCUCACUCCUCUGGAUUCAUAGCUUUGAUACUUCCUCUGUCAUUUAAGAUAACACUUCCUUUAGUCCGUUUGGAGCCUGUGCAGAUGGUUGCCUCUGUAUGCAAAAAGUUUUGUACCCACAAAGCUUUACAAUUAGCAGUGGCAAUUAAUAAAGGAGAUCCGUAAGAUCUACAGUUCCCAUCAGCUAAGCUAGAAUGGGCUGUUCUGCUCUUUUCCCUUCCUUAUCCCAUGCAGUAUUUGUUCUGUUGCUUCUUUCUUCCUUCUCUCAUUUCCAGCCUGUCUCAUCUCCAGCUCACAUUCCUAAUUCUCUCUUCUUUUUUUAUUUUUUUCAUACUUCUCGUGUUUGUCUCAGCUAAUUCUGUAUUGGCCUCUUCCACAGUUCUGCUGGGAUUUUGUCUCCAUCUGACUUUUCUCUGCAUGAACAAAUCCCAGUGUCCCAGGCUUAAAAAUUUACCCCGCUCUGCUCCUCUCUGCCCUCCAGGCUGCUGUUUAUUAAUUGCUUCCUGAAUUUUCUGCUUGAUACCCUUUUACUUUCAAGAUGCUCUGUCUUUUACUUUCUUUCUCUGUCUCCAGUAACGUACAUUUCAGACAGUUUUGCUUUUUGUUCUGAGAACUGCCUACCUUCUCCAGUUUUCCAUUUAGCAUCUGAAACAUAACUGUGGUUCUGUUACUGAACUUCCUUUCUGGGAAGCACAGGCUCCUUGUACUUUGACUCAAUUCGUUAACAUUUAAGUGGAUUCAUUUUCUCUUGCACAUUCUCAAAACGACCCACUUUUAUCCUCUUUUCCUCACUCCCCUCCAGUAGGGCACACAGCAGUGCUAUGCGGUUCAUUCUGUUUGAUGAAAGCCAACGCAGGGUUGCUUUUCCUCAGUCUUUUGCUGUUUUCACAGUUGUGUCUUGUGGAGGGUUUGGUCUGUUUUGAAAUGCUCCAAUCUGAAAAGCAAGAGUCAGGGUUUUCACCUGCAACCCCUGAGGAGGGGAUACCCAAGGAGCAGAGUGCAGAGGGGAGGGAUGCAGCGGGGUGUGUAGAAGGGAGCCAGCCAAAAGGUGAGUGUGAUGCUUGGCUGGGGGCCUGAGGACAAACACUGCCAGAGCCCUUGUAGUUCAGCACUUCCUUCUGUCAGAAACACAGCGAUACAGACUGGGAGCAUAGUAAAUCCACGCAGAAAUUCUGAUUUCUGAUUUUUCUUUCAAUGAGUGACUUGAAUUCUACUUCCCCUCUUCCCCCACACACUCCUUUUUUUAAGUAUAUUAGUGCUUAAGGAAAAUUUCUGUGCCGCCACGUGGGUAGCAGCCCCAACACCCCACAAACACAGAGCGGCUGCUGAGAUCCUGCUUUCUGAGAAGAGCUUACCAGAAUGACCGGAGCUGGGUGAGUAGGCAGAGCCUGGGCUGCUGCAGAGCACUGCACCCACCUGCAUCCCUGUGAGGCGCACUGACUGCUGCAGUGCUCAGGACAACCCAUACUCAUGUUGGUGAUGGAGAGCAUUGCACCCGUAUCUGCCGUGGUGAGUCACCUGCACCUUCUGACACUCUGGGAUGAAUUUCACAUCAGGUUACUUUAGGGCAACAUCACUGUCAAUAUUUCCUUUACUGAAAUCUGGAGCCACAGAGGUGAAAAUAAUUAUCUCUGCCAGAGUCAUUAAAACUGGCUGCUAGUUCCCACUAGGGAUAAAAGAGUCAGAUUGUGAGCAGCACUCAGCGGUGCCAUUCAAGUGCUCAUUCUCUUCAUAAGAAAUAAUAAAAUUAAUAAAAUUCUUAAGUAUUCAAGCAUGCACCUGCCUGCACUUUUCUUCUGAGUGAAUGGAAAUUGAGCAAAGAAACAGGUUUGGGGGCAAUUAACCAUGAAAAAAUAGGAAUUCUGCCAGAGGCCUAGCCAGCCUAUUUUUAAUUUGUGGCAUUCUUUUCUCUUAACUCCGUGUGCAACUUGACAUUAAGCUUUAACUUGGAAUGGGCUUCUUUACACCAUGACCUUGAAUUACAUGCACUCUUUUGGAACCACCAUACUGUGAGGUUGCCAAAUUCCAUGUGGCCUAAAAUAAUUCAGUAACGGUGCUGCAGUGUCCUGAACCCCUGGAUGACGUGUCAUGCCUUCAAACCCACAGCUCUGUGAUGGCUUGGAAAACUUUCCAUCCUGAGCUUCCCUCAUUGUCUUCCUAUGUUUUUUCUCUUGUGCAUAUACUGAAGUAGUUUGCAGGGACAGAUUUAAUAGGAACUUGGACUCAGAUUUUCAAAGGAAUUAGGAGAAAAGCCCUUUUCUCUUGUGCACUGUGCCUGUCAGCUAUAACUGAGUGGGCUUUCUGGUGAAAUAGGAAAGCCACAAUGAAAAGAAAGGGAAACAAAGUUAACCAGAAAGACACUCCAUUUGUGUUCGGUCUGUUUAUAUUUGUGUCUCUUGUUCAUGGGAAGUUCUGCUUUUAUCUUUAAUACUAUGGAAGUUCCUUUAAAAGUCAGUUUAGUUUUAAUAUCACUCAGUUUCCAAAGAAAUCACUUGGAUUUGUGUUCAAAAAACUUGCUGCCAAGCCCCCUCUGCUGGAUGGAACCAUCAUGUUUUCAUCCCUGCAUGCUGAAGACAUCCAGUAAAAGCAUUAUGGUUCAUUAUUGACAGAAUAGUUACAGGCUGAGUUCAGAAGAUCAUUACUGUCUUUUUAUGACCUAUCAUUAUCUCAUGGGUUGGGAUUCAAAUAAGAGUUGGGGUGGUCACUGCAAAUAUGUUCAAGUCCCUACAUCUGAGCGAGUGUUCAGUCAGUCUGUCCUCUCACCAUUUUAUCAUCUAAACUCUCCUCAGCAGUGUCCACUUUCUUCACUCCCACCAUUCCUCUUAUGUAUUAUUUACAUCUUUUGCCAAUGAUCUCAUUGCAUGCAAUCCAGGUCUACUUGUAUAGUACACCAAUACAGGGAAUAAAUAAAUAUGAAUCCCAGCUUUUCCAGGGCAAUUCAAACUUUGAAGACCUGCUUUGCUUGUCUCUAAGUGUGACAAAGGAAGUUUGCUAGAUGAAAAACAAUACUAGCUGCUGUUUUAACCAUGCUUUUCAUUUGUGUAUGACAAAGCCUUUUGCAGGGGCCAUCUUUUUAAUUACAGAUUGGGAAACAGGCCUGGCGAGGGAAGACAGACUGUCUAGUAAGUGGAGUGCUAGAUUAGAACUAAAAAGACAUGGAUUUAAGCGCUGUUCUAAAACAGACUGGCUGGUUGGUGACCUUAUUUAAAUUAAUUAGGCAAACUCUGAGUUCUCCCCUUUCUGGAAGGUGUUCUAACUGCAAAGCACAGCUCUCAGUGCAAGGGAAGGAGGAAUAUUUCUUAAGCCAAGGGAGACUCAGAGCCUAACAGUUUGAGCACUCAACUGUGAGUGGGAAAUACUGAAUUUCUGGUGUUUCCUCUGAGUGUUGUUACAUAUUGUUCUUUAAACAAUUAUUAAAUAAAGUACAUAAGAGUUAUUUGAAGUUGAGCCAGGACACAGUGCCUCACCUCUCUCAAAUCAAUGCCUAAACCUGCAGGCUGAAAGGAAAGUCCCAUUCUUUCCAUCUGUAGCUCAAUGGCUCUUGAAUGCCUUUUGUGCACUAAAGCGAGUUCACAAGACCAUAGAGCACUUACUUUUACAGGUUUGUAGCAAGGUCAUAUCUUCAAAAUGAACUUGACAAGCAUGUGCUUGAGUCUCUCGGUGCCAGAAAGGGACCUAAGCCUGAAUUCUCAAGUGAUCUCACUGGUCAACUAUUGGAUAAAACUGGUGGAUUUAAAAGAUGAUUGAAAGAAAAUGGUUUUAAUAAAACACUGAAGGGAUGAGAUUCUUUUUCAGUUGGCAAAAAUAGUGACAACUGUCCUAUAAAGAUCAAGCUGUAGUAAAGCAAAGUGAAAGGAAAACAUAAUGCAUUUGUGUCUUAUGUUAAAAAUAGUUUGUGUGACAUUAUGUUUCAGAUGAAAAUAUGAGCUAAAGUUCCCUGGAAUAUACUGUAAGUACAACUCAUAUCCCAGUGAGUUUAAAUAAGUAUUUAGCCUUAGCUACAAUAACCAAUAAAUGCUAAAAUUAACAACAGGUUUGGCCCAGAAAGAAGUUCAAGGGAAGUUAUAAAGCCGAACUUGUGCUUAGAAUUUGUAUCUAACCUCUGCACGGAACCAGGGCAGCUGCUGAAGUAGAAGUAAUCCUAGUUAUGUGUUUGCAGCGUUUUGUGAGUGCACUAUUUCCUGUCUGCUGCAUUAUGCAGCUGCACUGCCUCCCAGGUUUUAAGUCAUCUGUUUCUUGAUAACUGCAGCAGAGUGAAAAAGAUUUUAUUGCAGGGUCUGUGAGCAAUGAAGGAAGAAGGAAAGAAAAAAAAUAAAGAUGCAAGAAGUACUUCAUUUGCAAGCAGUGCAUAAUCAGAGACUGCUCUAUAAUGAUGGGGAGCUCUCCUUCCUCCCAAGGCAUUUGGCAAAGCUUAGACAAAGGUCAGAGCAUUCUUGGUUUGCAAUUGCAUUAUAGAUGUCUCAUCUCACCUUCACAAGAAUCUUAUGUUUCCAUGGUCACAACUAACCUGCUUCCACACAGGCCAAACCGUGUGAGUUCAAAGUGUAGCACUUGGUAAAAUCUAGCAAGUGGAGGCAGCAGCUCCAUUCUAUCAUAGCAGGAUGGACAGCCAGGGCUUGCUUGUAUGGAACCUACCCCUGCCCUUUCUCACCUUCUGAAAUGCACAGUCUGCUUACUUAUAGAGCUGCCACAAGAAGAUAGGACUUUUGAGCUGUUAAAAUCAGGUGCUGCAUAUUUAGACACUUGUAGAUAAUAUAACAAUGUGAAUGAAACACAGCAAAUGAAAGCCAUGAUGGAAACUCAUUGUUCAGUACAUGUUUAGAUGAGAGAUGGCUAUUGGGAAUGAUUGAAGCAUUUCUCCUAAAGCAUCUGUUGCUUUACACUAAUGAAACAACCAAGCAGUAAUAAUUCCUACUCACAUACCAGGAAUUUCAUGCAGCUUAAUGCAUGAUAACAGAUCAAAGAUUUCAAGAUAGUGUAAAUUGCAACUUGCAAAACUUGCAGAUUCCUUUGAAUUCAAAACAGAAACUUAAGCUUUCCCCACACUGAGAGAACAACACAGCUCCACCUCUCUCCUGACUUUGCAAGUCUUUACAAAUAUUAUUAGUAACACUCCACAGCUGCGUGAUAAACAUUACAGAAGUACUGGUGGAGCAAGGGCAUAGUGUUAGGCUGGGAAAUGCAGCCUUUAGAAAGAAACUCAUCUGUCUGUUUUACAUUUUAAGCUUACAGGGUGAAUUUAGAAGAUGCUCUAAUUAGUUUCAGUUCCAUUUCCUUCAGUUGGAAUUUGUUUUCCCCAGAUGAUGUGUCCAGAAACGAUACAGGAUCUACAAUUACAUUUAUAAGAAACAGAAGAGAAAGCCUUAAGCAAAAAGGGCAUUCAGUGAACACUGCCACCCGUGAUUAAAUUGUGCCACUAUUUAAAUGCUCACUCCUAUUAGUAUGAACUUCAGGGGGUUUCUUAAUAAGGACUUUUCUUCCCAGCCUUGAUUCUGCAAGUUACUUAAAACCAAGGAAGGCUGAGCCAACCAGUGUGUUUUAUAACCUCUGUACACAAAUACUUAAUGUUACCAGGAAAGGUGGAACUGGGGAGUGAGUGGGUCCAGCCACACUUACAUAUUAAAAAGUCUGCCCUGAAAUAUACAUUCCUUUAAUCAGAGUGGUUAACUCUACUUAACAAAGUGGUUUCCCCCAUAGUUAAAAAUAGAGGGGAAAAAAAUAAUAAUUUAUUUUUUUAAAAAAAGAGGGCCUGGAGAAUAUUUUUGCUGUCCAAAGAAAAAAAAAUGUUCACCCAAUUAUCUGACAUGACUGAAGUGGGUGUAAAAUGGAUUGCAUCAGUUAACAGAGUGUGAAAGCCCUACUGACUGCACUCCAGCCUCCAUAGUUCCACUGGCGACUGCUGGGAUCCUCAAGGUCUGUAGUGGACCAAAAUCCCUGAAUUCCCAGCAAGCAGAGGCAUCAGAAUGAAAUAAAGCAGGGUCUCUGUCAAAGCAUAGGUUCAAAGAGGAGAAUACAAUUCUCUCUCUGCCUUAAAAUCUGUGUAAACAAUGAAAGUGAAAAUACCUAAUCUACAUGUGAGGUCUGUUUGCUAGUAAUUGCUCUAUCUUGUACUAAAAUAAUCAAGAUAUAAGUGUAGCCAAAAUACAGAGAUAGGGACGUGAAAAGAAACCAGCCUGCAGCUUUCACUUUCACCCUGUGCGUUUCUUGUAAAUGACCCUGUAGCCGGUAAGGAAGCCUGCAUGAUGAACUUUGCCUUGCAAAUCCACGGCUGUCUGCUUUGCCUUUCUGAAGUGUCUGUUGCUUGGACUUCAGGGCAGCUCAAGUUGUAGCAGAGCAACAGUUCUUCAAAAUUUCCUCAACAACAUUUGUAGUUAUUUGAAUAUAAUUUGGAGUAAAUGAGCACUGUCAGAUUUUGCUGCAGAACUCACUACUGCAAGUGUGGUUUUGUGGGCUCUGCAGCUUUUGAAAAUAAGGCAUCCUGAUUUUGCCUUUAUCAUCAGUUGCUGCUUUUUGUGACAAGCUGAAAUCUUGCUGAUUUACUGCCUUCGAUAUAUUUGAGUCCCUGAAGAAUCAUCUUCUGAUUUUUCAUCAUCUUUGAAUUUCAAGUCCCAGUUUUGUUAUUUAGGUGACUGCUAGAUAAUGAGCUGCCUUUAGCUUCAUAGAAAACCAAUGCAGACAUGCUGCAUGGAGAUGCUCUGAUCACAGAGCAAAAUUUGCUUAUUUAAGGAAAGUCAUCAUGCUUAGUUGCUUAGUUUCAUUUGAUACUCCAAGAUGGGGACAAAACUACAAAAUAUUGGCUAGAACACAUAGAGCAGUGAGGGAUAUUCACUUUUUCUACAAAUUUUCAGUGACUAGAGAACAUACACAGCUGUGCUUGAUUGUAUGAGCUUCAGCUGCCCCCAAUCCUCAUAUCUGCUUAAUGUCUCCUGAAGACUACAAAAUCCUCCCUCACAAAGCAAGAGAGGUAUAUUUCCUGCUCUGGAUUGCCACAACCCAUUGGAAGCUCACUCUCCUCUUCAAAGAGCUUGAUGUUAAUCUGAACCUGCUUUCCUGAAUGAACAGGUACGUACUGAGUGUGAGAUUGGGAUAAAAUUUUUGAGUUGUUAUUUUAAAACUCAACCACUUUUAAUCUUAAUUUAAAUUAAUUUAACUGGUGGUGGUGUAGCUCUAACGCCUUCGGUUUAAACACAGGAAUGCUUGCAGGAGAAGAUGGUCUCUUUGGACACAAGAAGACCCUGGCCUGCUUGAAGACUGGGUAGAUUUCCAAACUCUUACCUCUCCCUACAGGGACAAGAAAGUUAUUUCAUGACCGUCUGUGCAGGUCUUGGACAUUGUAGAGUCAUGCUAAUGUAUGCUCUGUAUUGGCUGUAACUUCGCAGCCUCACUGGCCUCUAUGUGUUUUUCUAGUUUUUGCCAUAUAUGAUUUGAAGGUUCUGGAAAUAAAAUGCCGCUCUUCUGGUUGCUUUUCUUUAGGAAGAUGAUUCUGUUCUCAUUCUCAAUGGAUAAGCUGGAUGCUGGCGGUAGUGGCAGACUAUUUACAGGAGGCCUGCAGCUGUCAAGUCGAGGACGAUGCUCACUGAGAGGACCCGCAGCAUCUCAGCAUUGCACACCUAAGCCCAGCAGCUCCGCCCCUCGUAUCAACAGAACCGACUGUGGGCCGGGCGGACGGAACCGACAGGCCCGUCACGUGACACAGCGCCCCCUCGCCGCCAUUAGCGGCAGAGCCGCGCUCACGUACGCACGCGCAGUGCUCCCUUCCGGCGGCGCGGGGCUGUUUCCCGCCCUUUCUCUCGGCGCCAUGUUGGGGGCCGGCUCGCUCCCGCCGCUCAAGGUUCUUUCCUCACAGCUGCGGGGCGCGGUGCGAGGAACCGACGGGACGUGGCGGCUGGAGCGGGCGGAGGGCAGGGAACCGCUGAGCCUGCGGGCCGUGUGGAUGCAGGGCACCGUGCUGCACGUGGAGCGCGGCGGAGGCGGCUCGGCCCGGCUGCGGGAUUGCGGCGGCAGCUUCACCGUGCUGGGGGUGGAGGACGUGCCUCAGGGCCGGCCGUGCCUCAGCGCAGGGAAGUACGUGAUGGUGAUGGGGGUGGUGCGCUCCUGCAGCCCCGAGCCCGUGCUGCGAGCAAUAAAGAUGACGGAUCUUUCCGAAAACCCGGUGCAUGAGGAGAUGUGGAGCCUGGAGGUGGAGGAGCUGCACAGAGUCAUCCCCUGAGCGCUUCUGCAUCACAGACUGGAAGUGAAUACGUUUCAUGGUUUGGUUACUGACUUCUGAGAAGGGAUUCAAAGACACGUGAGGAGAACAUACCACUGGGCUGGUAUUUACCAUUCAAGAAAGGCUCACACUGAAAUGGAGAUAAAAUCCAGUUAAGUUUGAUUUGUCUUAAAUACAUCAAACUGAAUGGAAAAUAGAAGCUGGCUGGCUUCGGUCUCCCAGCUGCCCAGCCACUCCACAUCUGUUUGACACAGCAGCAUCUGAAUGCUCAAUGCUCAGCAAGCAAGAUGCAUAUUGUUCUUGAGGACCUCCUCCUAAAAAUGAGGAACAAAGAACCAGAAAAAGCAAACAUAAACCAGAAGAGAAGUGAGCACGAACCAGAACAGAAAUGGAGAAAGACUGAAGAAGGGAAGAAGUGGAAAGCUUAAAAAGGCCGAAAAAGAAAAAGAAGCCUGAAGACAAACAUCAAAUGCAGUACAAGUAAGCAACGGUUCCAGCACUGUCAGCAGUUUGUCCUGAUUCUUUUCUUCCUCUUUUUCAUUGUUUCUACCUUAACUUUAGACUCACGUUGUUAGCAUGAUAAAAGUGAGGACAGGAAAGAUGUUGGUGGUCUGUGUUAGGACAUGAGAUUGGGUCUACAUUGUCCAAAUCACAUCUGCUCACUGUUGUUGAUGAGGUUAUGGCAGUUUUAUUCACACAUUCCAGAAACAGACUGUUACUGAAAAUGUUUCUUGAAGGUGAAGUUAUGAUCAGCAAAGAAUGUUUGUGUUUUCAGACAUGGACAACCAAAAGUUUUAAUCUAAAAAUAUAGUUUUGGGGUGGAAGCUGAUAGUUCACAAAUUCUUGUGUGAACUUUGAUUCUGUAUGUAUCCCUUUGCUGAGAAAAAAUUAAGAGCUGGACCGAGGACUUUAAAAUAUCACUGCUCUAACUAAGUGCUCUAACAGACUUUCCACAUUACUCAGGACAGAAGCAUUCUGUUUGUACUUAAUUUUAAGCAUCUCUGCUCUAUCCUUGAUCAAAACAGUACAACACUCUCCUGUGAGUUUUCUGGCCAGCAGAUGGCAGACUCGUGGGGUUUUUCAAAACCAGGCAGAAGUGCAGCAGGAAAGUGGAAGUCCUGCACCCAGAGCAGCAGCCAGAGCAUUCAGAUCAUUGGGCUGUGUCAGUGAAGGAGGUGUCCUAUUUGCUCUUAAAUCAGGUAGUUUUGCCCUUCUGUUCUCUACAGUUAAGUUUGCAUGGCACUGAAAUACAGGCAUAUUUACUGUGAGGCUCUUAGAGGCCUUGUCAGUCAGCUCAGUCCAGGAUCACAAAUCAAGCUGCAUGCAGCUUUGUGACUUCCUUGUGGUAACCCAAAGCUGCUGAGCCAGCUACCUGUUGAAUGUCAGAACAGGGAAUGGCAGCGCUUCCCCUUUCAGAUGCAAGUUACUGAUCAAAGCUUACAACUCACUAUAAGGAAAGCCAACAAGGAAAAAGCUUACUGUACUAAAAAAGCUCUCUGUCAAAUCCAGGCUGUAACCAUUGAAACCAACCACUCAACAUUAUCAAAAUCAGCAACUUUACUGUUCUUUUAUUUAGUCAUUAAUUCCCUUUCAUGGUAUUGCUGGGUUUUUAGGUCUUUAAAUAAAUGUAAUCUUAAUUGAAUAAAGAAAUUAAAAUUAA